GCGAGCGGCGGCGCUGCGGGCGCGGGGCUGCCGGGCCUGAGCCUCGGCCCGGGCCUGGGGCUGAGCCUGGGCCUGGGCAUGGGGGAGGCGGCGGGCGAGGCCUCGGAGGAGGAGGCGGCCACGGCCGAGGCGGUGGGGCGCCUGGCCUCGGCGCUCUGGCUGCGUCUCCGCGGCUGGGAGGCGGCGCUGGCGGCGGUGCAACGGCUGCUGGUGUGGGAGAAGCCUCUGCACAGCCUCUUCACGGCCGCCGCGCUCAAUGGCCUCUUCUGGUUGCUGUCAUCGUCGUCCCUCCGGCCCAUUUUCCUGCUCUGCAUCUCCCUGUUAGCCUAUUUUCUACUGGAUCUCUGGCAGCCGCGCUUCUUCCCGGACGUCUCAGCAUCAUCCCCAGAGGAACCACACUCAGACAGGUGAGUGCAGGCCUCAUGUGAGGACAAAUACCCAAGCCUUGAACUUGUCUCAUACAAGGGGAGGAUAGGCAUGAGGGCAGCGCAGCAUGGGGCACUGGGAAUGUGGCUACUCAGGGUUCCUCGGGGAUGUGGGACUACCCACAAAUAUAAGGGUUAUCAGUGGCGUUCUCCGAGCUGGCAGCCAAAAUCUCCAGUGGUUCUAUCAUGUCUCCCCAGCGAGG